AAUCAGGCGCUCCUUCUUGCACAUGCUUGAUUGUCAAAGUACACAACUUGUAUAAGGAAAUUAAAUUAUUUUUUUGUAAAAAAUGGUCUCCUUAAACCCUGUACAAAUUUUUAAAGCCGGAGCGGAUGAAGAGAAAGCAGAGACAGCCAGAUUGUCAUCAUUUGUUGGUGCAAUUGCAAUUGGCGACCUUGUUAAAAGUACUCUUGGACCAAAAGGCAUGGACAAAAUAUUACAAUCUCUGGGUCAGAAUUGUGACAUCCAGGUCACAAAUGAUGGUGCAACAAUAUUGAAGUCCAUCAGUAUAGAUAACCCUGCUGCCAAGGUCUUAGUAGAUAUCUCCAAAGUUCAAGAUGAUGAAGUUGGGGAUGGCACAACAAGUGUUGUUGUUUUAGCUUGUGAACUCCUGAGGGAAGCAGAAAAAUUAACAGCCUCGAAAAUUCAUCCCCAGACAACCAUACUGGGAUGGCGCAAGGCUGUGAAAGUUGCCCAAGCUGCACUGGAACAGUCUACCAUAGAUCAUGGCAAAGAUGAUGUGAAGUUUCGAGAAGAUCUGAUGAAUAUUGCCAGGACCACUUUAAGCUCAAAAAUUUUGGUCCAUCAGAAAGAUCAUUUUGCAAAACUUGCUGUUGACGCUGUUAUGAGACUAAAGGGAAGUGGGAACCUAGAAGCAAUUCAAAUUAUAAAAAAACUUGGAGGAAAUCUGGCAGACUCUUAUUUAGAUGAAGGUUUUCUACUUGAUAAAAAGAUUGGGGUUAAUCAACCAAAGCGAAUGGAAAAUGUUAAAAUAUUGGUUGCAAAUACAUCAAUGGAUGCUGACAAAAUAAAGGUCUUUGGUUCAAGGGUACGUGUUGAUUCAACUGCAAAGAUUGCACAGCUGGAACUAGCUGAAAAGGAAAAAAUGAAAGACAAAGUCCAAAAUAUUUUAAAGCAUGAUAUAAACUGUUUCAUAAACAGACAACUCAUAUACAACUAUCCAGAACAGCUAUUCGCAGAUGCAGGAGUGAUGGCGAUCGAGCAUGCAGAUUUUGAAGGAGUGGAGAGGCUUGCUCUUGUCUUGGGUUCAGAAAUUGUGUCAACAUUUGGAAAACCAGAGCUUGUGAAACUUGGUCAUUGUAAACUUAUUGAAGAAGUUAUGAUUGGGGAAGACCAGUUAAUUCAUUUCUCCGGCUGUGCUCUGAACGAAGCAUGUACAAUUGUAAUUCGCGGAGCAACACAGCAAAUAUUGGAAGAAGCUGAGCGCUCGCUUCAUGAUGCUCUAUGCGUCUUAACUCAAACUGUCAAAGAAACUAGGACGGUGUUUGGUGGAGGAGCUUCAGAGAUGCUCAUGGCAAAGGCUGUCAGUCAUUUGGCGACAAAGACCCCAGGCAAAGAGUCUGUUGCUAUCGAAAGUUUUGCGAAUGCUCUAAGACAAAUACCUAUAAUAAUCGCGGAUAAUGCUGGCUACGAUAGUGCACACCUGGUCUCUCAACUGAGAGCAAAACACAGCGAUGGAGAGAAUCGAUAUGGCUUAGAUAUGCGCACAGGGAUUAUUGGCAAUAUGGUGGAGCUGGGUAUCACAGAAUCGUAUAAAGUAAAACUUCAAGUCUUACUAUCAGCUGCUGAAGCUGCCGAGAUGAUUUUACGAGUUGAUGAUAUCAUUAAGGCUGCGCCAAGGCAGCGUAAUCCGCGGGAAGACUAUUGUGGAUAGAGACAAGGAUAUUGUGGCAAGGACAUAAUAGAGUAACAUUUUAGUGUUAGCAGAUAUUGAAAAUAAAUAUUAUGAAAUAC